CAGAGCUCUCCAGCUGCAGCACUCGCACUAACGCACUCGCACUAACGCACUCACACCAACACACUCACACUCCCUACUACUGUUGUGGACUUAAAUGGCGACGUUUUUACCCUUCUGCGUUUUAAUAACCACGUUUUGUUCUACUGUAAUCUGGGUUGAAGCUGAUAAGGGAGAACUACGGACGCUUCAGAGACAGAAAAGAGAAUGGAUCAUCCCUCCGAAGCAGCUGUAUGAGAAUGUGGAUUAUACCGGUGAAAAAUUUAUUGCAAAAAUCCGAUCAGAUGAAGAGACCAGGGAGAAUAUUGUAUAUUCUCUAUUAGGACCUGCAGUGGACGAGGGAUUAUUCAGCGUAGGCAAAAAGGACGGCUACGUCAAGAUCCAUGGCAUCUUGGACAGAGAAACAACGGCUUUUUAUGAACUCAAAGGGAGAGCAUCGCUAACUAAUGGAGUACUCGCUGAAAAGGACCUCAAUUUGAAGAUCAUAGUUCUAGACCAGAAUGACAACCCUCCUGUGUUUAAGUUUGAGGUGACUGGUUCUAUCGAUGAGCUCAGUGAUGUAGGCACCUACGUAAUCUCGAUCACAGCGACUGAUAUUGACGAGAAAGACACCCUACAUACACAAAUUGCCUACAACGUUAUACAGCAGGAGCCGGCUGGAGAAAAGAUGUUCACAAUCGACAGAACAACUGGCGAAAUCAAAGUCAGAAUAAACACCCUGGACCGAGAGACACAUGAAACCUACCGACUGAUUAUCACAGGUACAGACAUGAACGGAGGCGUGUCAGACAGAAUGAACAGACCAUUGACAGGAACAGGGACUGUGAUCAUAAACAUUUCUGAUGUCAAUGACAACAUCCCCAUAUUAGAGGAGAGAGAUUACGUGGGUAGUGUGGAGGAGAACAUCAGACAUGUGGAAGUGAUCCGGAUUAAGGCCAUAGACUUGGACAAAGUCUAUACAGAAAACUGGGAAGCCGUGUACACCAUCGUCUCAGGAAAUGAGGCCGGUUAUUUCAACAUCACAACAGACCGCAAAACUAACGAGGGAAUCCUGAUGGUCAAGAAGGAGCUGAACUAUGAAGAAUUGAAAGAGGUCCAUCUGAAAGUGGUGGUCAACAACAAGGCAGCAUAUCACAAGUCAGUGGUGGUUGGCAGUCCUCAAAUAUACCCCAUUAAGAUCAACGUAUUGAACGUGCCCGAAGCUCCUCAUUUCCAACCUGUUGUCAAAGUCAUUUACGUCUCUGAAAACAGCAAAACCAUUGACCUGACCAAGGUCAUCACUACCUACAAAGCCACGGAUAGCGAUACAAUGUUAAUCGCCACUAACGUCAGGUAUGUUAAAGGAGAAGAUGUCGACAACUGGGUGAGCAUUAAUGAGAAAACAUCUGAGAUCAAACUCAACAAAUAUCCAGACCGGGAGUCAAAGCACCUGAGAAAUGGAACAUACUACAUCAAAAUCUUAGCAAUCACCGAUUCUUUUACACCGAAAACUGCGACAGGAACCCUUGCUAUUCAGGUGGAGGAUUACAACGACCACUGUCCCAUUCUGACCAGCUCAAUCGAAACGCUUUGUUACGGCAGCAGUGCAGUAUACGUCACAGCCACGGAUGGGGAUAAUUUCCCCAACGCAGAACCUUUCGACUUCACAGUUGUUACCAAGGACACAAAAAAGAAAUGGAGCAUCGAGCAUCUUAAUGCAACAACAAGCAUUUUACGCAGCCAGGAGGUAAGCCUAUGGCCGGGACUAUACACAGUGGAGCUGGAGGUUAAAGACCAGCAGGGAAAGUCCUGUGAGGUUCAAAAGCUUCAGGUAUCUGUGUGCAAAUGUACCGAGGCACAAGUGUGCAGUCCUGCGAGACUGACCGGCAGAGGCACUGUACUGGGACCAGGCGCUAUUCUGGCUCUACUGCUAGGAAUCCUGCUUCUCUUGGUGAUCCCGCUGCUUUUGCUGAUAUGUGAGUGUGGAGGAGCUGCAGCUGCUGGUAGGUUCCAGGCUUUCCCAUUCGAGCAAAAACAGCAACUCAUCACCUACCACACAGAAGGCCAAGGAGAGGAUAAGGAACUAGCACUGUUGCCUCAGAUGCCUGGAGGAGGUGGCAGCAGCGGCAAAUGGGUAGCUGGAUCGGGAGCUGGUUGUGGAGCUGGUUGGGGAGCACGUGAACACUGGAAGAAAUAUGGAUGGGAAUCUGAAGAGGAAUAUAUAAAGUGGUGUCUUAAACAUGCUCACAAUGCAACUGGAAACAAUGGACAGUCUGAAUUUUUUACAGUGAGCACCCUGGAUUCCAUGGCUCUAUCCGAGGACUUCUUAAGGGAGUACUAUGCAAAGAAAACGUGGGAAAGUAUGUACCAGGAAGCUAAUAUGGACCAAUUUCUGGUGUCUGGUCAUGAAGACUGCGUCUCAGUCAUGAGCUCCUUUGAUGAUCUCAGCACCUAUUUACACGAAGAAAACAAUCUGGAUUUCCUCAAUGACCUCGGGCCUAAGUUUAGAAGGCUCGGUAAGAUAUGCCGUGGCUCGGAUAUGGAACUCGAGGUCAGCUCCUCUCCCACGCCUGACAUAAACAUCUCCUCCGGUUCACAAGUGGGCGUCAAUGUGAAAGGUGCUGUUGAUGUUGUUCACAAUGAAGCUACCUCUGUCUCUGCAUCCAGCUCCUCCUCCACCAACCAAAUCACCACUACAAAUUAUGCAGAGAAUGUUAGCAGUGGAGUCGCUACAUCAGCAGCAACUGUGGGCCAAACUCUGUUCAUCCAGCAGCCACCUGUCUACCUUUCCUCUACACCCAUGUACGUAGUGGAGCAACAGCGUCAGCCUGCUCUUUUUCUAGCUUCUGGUCAAAUCCUGGGUGUUCAGGAACAGAACGUGGUGCUGGUAGAAAAAGGGGCUACCAACAUGGCAAUCGCAGCCCAGAACACCCUUCCAGGCCUUCAUCUGCAGCAAGCAAACACCAGAGUUCUGGUGGAUCCAGGAAUUGGAGGCACACUGGUGCGUGGUUUCUCAGGCCGCUCUGAGCCUCAGGGCACUGUUUCUGGUACCUUUUGUAUUGUGGAGAGCCAACGAGUAGAGAACACAGAGCCUGCGCAUGUCAUGCAGAGCUCCUCACACUCCAGCAUCAGAAAGAGUCAGCAUAUACAGAUCGAAGGGCAAAGUGGAGGGAGCUUGGCUAUAGGAAAUGCAUCAAGUUUCGCAAAUCCCAUUUCCAUAUCUCAGAAAGAUCUCUUUUCUGUGCCAAAUGAUGGUACUCAACAAGAAGUGCGAGAGAAACGGGUUUCAGUUGUCAAGAAAAGUUUCCAAUCAAGCUCCAUGUCCACCUCCUAAUGCUACUACAAACAUUCUCACUCAUUCUACAUGCCACAUUUCCAUUUUUUCAGCAUUUAACCCAUGCAGCCAUUAGUGCUGUGAGGAAUAUGACAAAGAACCGAAUUCCUAAAAGAGAAACUAAAAGAGAAAGGUGAAGACUUUUUGAACAUCUGUUAAUAUAAUUCCGAGUGAUUGCCAUGAGUAAUUGAUUAAUCUUUUAAUUUUAACUUAAUUAUUAAAAUACAAGUCAUAUGCCAUAUUUGAUUGGUAUUACUGUCUCUGAUGUUUUCCUCGGACAUGGUCGCCUCACACCUCCAGGGUUGGGGAUUUGAUUCCCGCCUCUGCCUUGUGUGUGUGGAGUUUGCAUGUUCUCCCCGUGCCUCGGGGGUUUCCUCCGGGUACUCCAGUUUCCUCCCCCGUCCAAAGAAAUGUAUGGUAGGUUGAUUGGCAUCUCUGGAAAAUUGUCCGUAGUGUGUGAUUGCGUGAGUGAAUGAGUGUGUGUGUGUGCGCCCUGCGAUGGGUUGGCACUCCAGUCCAGGGUGUAUCCUGCCUUGAUGCCCGAUGACGCUUGAGAUAGGCACAGGCUCCCCGUGACCCGAGGUAGUUUGGAUAAGCGGUAGAAAAUGAGUGAGUAAGUGAGCGCAGUUUUAUUCCCCACCGCAACAAGCAUCUUACGCCUGUAAAAUAACCAGUAAAAUUAUCAGAUGAUUGCUGGGUUGGUCUGUAAUGCGGUCUAUAAUUCUUCUGGAGAAGAGAGAGACUACAUGAAAGCAUGACAGUUGUCACAUUAUGUUUUUCUACAGAAAGAAUGCAUAACUCUAGUAUUCUGUUAUAGUUCUAAUGUUUUGUUAUUAGCAUAAAUUGGUGCUGCUACGCAAAAUAAAAUGUCACAUAUAUCCCAGGCUGAUUAUUAUAAAACGCAAUUAUUAUUGAGUCAUUUGAAAAUUGUCUGUAUUUUAAGUGUGUUUGAAUAUAUGACAAUAAUGUCCAUUACUAAUAAUUAGGCUUUUGGGGGAGGUUUUGCUAUACCGGUGUGAAUUUCAUGCUACAGUGAGAGUUUGUACACACAACAUGUAUCAGCAGGUUAUUUUUAUUUUCAGGUAGCAGAUAGAUUCAGUUUCUUUGUUUACGUGUCUGGUUUUCAUUUCUAAGCCAGUAAUAGAAAAAGACUGCGCAUUUCCUUCAUAUUACUUUAUCUUCAUUACUUUCCACUGAUUUCAAAAUGAAUGCAUCGCACAAACGCGCACAUACACAAACGUAGACAAAUUACACAAUUCUGUUUUCAUUAUGUAUGCGCUCCUUGAGUGGUGCAGUGCCAACUGUUGGAAUAAAACACUGGAAUUAAAAUGAUUUUUAUUUAGUGUGUUCGGGUGACUGACGCACUCUAAAUCGCACAAGAAUUGUACGCUGUUGGUACGAGCACCGGGCGAAAUUGUGCUGUAAGGCAGAUUAAAAUCUCUAAUACUGUGUUGGAGCAAACUGGAAGCCAUCCUCCGUUUCUUCUUUUGGAUUCAGAACCAGUUUUUCAACACAAGACAGGAAUUUCUACUUCCCAACCUGUUUUUUGCAAAUGUUACUUACUAUGGCACUCUCCCAGAUAUUAACCCUAUCAAUCAUUUGCAUUUCUUAGAACAAAAAAGAUACCAAAGUUACAAAUGUUUUUUUGCCCGCAUUUCUGGGUUCAUUUUAGCAGAUAACCUGCAAAUACUUUUUGUUUGUUUGUUUGUGUCUUUUUUAAUUGUAUAUAAUUGUAUUGUAUAUAUGUGCCAUGAUAUGUUAUGUCUGACUGCUGUAGCUAAAAUGUCUGUUUUGGUUUAUACACCUUUCUCCUACCCACACCUGAUGGAGUAUUGACCAAUCCUACAAGCCCAAGGAAUAAUGACCAAGCGUGCUCACUCCUGCAAAUAAUUUGACCAAUCUUGCCAGCUCCUGAAGGAAUUUGGAUCAACCAAUGCCCAUUCCAGGAGUUUUUCUGCCAAAAUGCUUUAGUAAUUUGGACCAAAUUGGACCAAUCCCUGCCCACUACUGUAGAAAGUUUCACUAAAGUUCUAAACAAUCCUGCUAAAUCCUUUAGAAAGUUUGACCAUUUCUGAAGUUCUGCCCAAGCCUUCAAAUUCCUGAAGUAUUUAUGAUCAAUUAAACCCACUACUGUAGAAAUUUUGAUCAAUCCUCCCCAUUUGUGAAGGAUUUCUGACCAAUCCUGCACACUCCUUUUGAAAGAUCCUGUCAACUCCUAUAGAAGGUUUGGCCAAUCCAAGUGACCAGUCCUGUCUAUUCAUUGACCAUUGACCAAUAUUGCACAAAGUUUGAACCAACCUUCUGGUUUCUAUUGGAAUUCUGACCAGUAUUCUCUUCUCCUACAAUGCAAUACGUAAAACUUUUUGCCAGUUUUUGCCCAGUAUGCGACCCACCCCUACUUUUAAGCGUGUUGCUGCUGUUAUUUGUGGUGAAGGGUUGUGCUGAUUAGAGCAUAAUUGUGUUUGUGCUCAACAUACUGCAAAAUAUAAUGGGUGUUUCAAAUCUCCGUUGCCAACGUGAACAUGUGAUCCUUAUUUUUAAAAGUAAAUCAUUUGAAAUGGAGGGAUUUUCUGUUUAAGGAAAGGGUGCUUGAUUAAAUAGCAUGUGCUGCUUUAACAUUUAAUUCUUUUUAUUCUCAAAAAACAAAGUUACAGUAAUCGUAAUGUCGAGAAUGAUUGAUUGGUUACUAAUACUGUAUGAAUGCAAUAAAAAUGGGAUUUUUUAAUUAA